AUGAGCACAUUGAGGCCCUCCUCCAAAUCCAUGUCCACCGAUCGAAAUGAAAAGCAGCAUCACUUCGAGUCCGCCGAUGUAGGGCCAAAGCGCCGAAAUGCGGGUCGCAACAACUCACAUCAUGUUCGGCCCGAUAUCAGCACCAAUCAGCAAGGCAAGCGUGGUGGGCAGAGCAUGAACCAUUUGCUCUCCUUCACGCUUCCGCCGCGCAGUAGACCUCCUCUCGCCGGUCCAGCUCGCAGGUCGCGUAGGGGUGUAGCACACACACCGUUCAACAAGGAACGCUAUGUCAACGCUCAGUAUCGUUUCCUCGUCAAGCCAACAGGCGACUACACGGCAUAUUUUGCCGACCCCGACAUCUAUCUCAACUGGGCUGAUAUUCUCCAAGUCGUCAUUCCAACUUCUUCAGCUCUAGCUGGCGUAGGGUCGUCUGCGCUCAUAUUGGAUCAGCCGCGCGAGCCCGCUCACGAAGGCGCUGCGUGCCCUAUUUGUCUCUCGCCACCUACUGCCCCACGUAUGACCAAGUGUGGCCACGUAUUCUGCUAUCCUUGCAUUCUACACUACCUCACUCUCAAGGACGACCACAAUUCUCGUCCAACUGUACCUACUCUGCAGCAACCCACUCAGAAAUGGCGACGUUGUCCUAUCUGUUGGGACGCCGUGUAUGCGCGCGAUCUUAAGGCAGUGCGAUGGUGGGAUGCGCAAGCUGCUGCUCGUGAGCGCGAAGCCAAGCUCCAGGAACAGUAUGAUCUAGAACGCGCUCGACACAUCAGCGAGCUCGACGAGGAUGGACAGCAGGGCCUGGAGGAAGCCAACUCGAACAAAGGUGCGCCAAGCUUGACACAUUCGCAUCCGGACAUGCUCGCCAUGCGUCUCAUCGAGAGACCUAACGUCACCACACUCGCACUGCCACAGUCUUGGACCUGGCCCGCUUCCGAACUCGAUCAUCCGCUCAUCGCAGUACAUUCGGCACCAUGGCAUUUUCAGCCAGAUGUCAUGGGGUUUGCCAAAUUCAUGCUGGCCACACCAGAGCUCUUGAUCGAAUCGCUCGACAAAGACCUGCAAGAGCUGGAUGAAGAGAUCGGCGUUCUGAAAAGUUUUGGCACAGAUGCAAGCGGACUUCACUUCGUCGCACUGGCGCAGAACAAGGUCAAGGAUCAGAUGCAAAAGGUGCGCGAUGAGCUGGAUCUACCCAUUGUUCGCAGCAUCAUCGGACAGGCACGGAACGAUCUCAAGGAUCACGAAGCAGCACUAUUAGGCCAGCUUGAGCGCACCGACCUAAGUCGACGUCAGCGUAAGCGCAUGGAGCGCUCUCAGACAGACGAAGAACCUGAAUCGACAGCACCUCUGCGCGAAUCCACGAAAGCUGAGAGCGCAGCUGCUCGUGAUGGUGCACCCGAAGCUGCUCUUGGUGCCGAAAAGUUCCCGGUCCUUCGAGCUCAAUCGCAAGGUGGAAUGAUGGCACAUGCGUCGGCAGAUGGAGGAUCAACAACUCGCAAGGAAGAUGCGUCAGAAGAGCCAGCAGCUGGCUCAACACACAAGAUUACGUCUCCUCGGCAGCCAAAGGCGCGCAAGAACGUAAACCCGCCCCAGCCCGAGUCUUCCUCAUACGUCUUCUUCCAGGCCGCUUCUGGACAGAGCAUCUUCUUACAUCCCCUAGACACGAAGAUCCUCCUGUCGCACUAUGGGGCUUACGCCAAGCUGCCGCGCAAUCUUGCGGUCAAAGUGGCUGGUGCCGACGAGGGCAGCAUGGAUGAAGAGUUGAGGAGGCGCUGCAAGUAUCUUAACCACAUCCCGAUGGCGGCUGAUGUUGUGUUCAUCGAAGUGGAUUGGGAAGGCAUGCAGCUGAUCGACAAAGCAACGUUGCGCCCGUACGAGCAAGCUCUGCGACAACGACGCAACCGACGACGAGACAAGGAAAGGCGUGAGGAUCGAGCCAAGAUUCGCGCUGAGGAAGCCGAGCUGAUCUCGAACCAAGGUGGACCCGCUGCAGCUGCAGCCUAUCGUCGACAGCAGGAGCAGCUUGCAGCCUUCACGAGCGAGGCCAACUUCCCGUCGGACGGCCUGUUGCGCAGCUUUGAUCACGGUCAGGGUGCAGCUCGUGGUGGAGAUUCGGCUGAUGGCGGAGGUCCCGUAUCAAGCACAUCACCUAGCUUCCGAGAGGCAGCCAUGUUUGGAGCCGAGCGCGAAUUCCCUGUUCACCCCGGAGCUGCUGAGACGGAGGACUUCCCCGACUCACUCCGAAGUACACGCAACGGGCUGGAACGCGUCUCGAUCUCGUCGGACGACCAAGCAAACCGUACUCCUGGCAAACCACCGGCGCGUGGAGCAGCGCCCCUCAAGAAGACAGUCUGGGGGACGCCUGCUACUAAGUCGAGCUUUGCAAAUGCGAUCCAGGGUCGUGGUUCGGACGCUCAUGAUUUAUGGGAUGAUCAGAUGGACGAUGCUUGGCAUGAGCUUGAGGAGGAUUACAUUCUGGGGUCCACUUCGUCGGGAAGGAGACCAACAGACGCAGUUCGCGAAGGACGUGGCCUCAACAAGCAAGUCAAAGGCGCUGGCAGAGCUCCAGCAGCUGCUGUCAAGGACAGUCAUCGUGUUGAAGGCUCAGUAUCAGCCAGUGAAGCAGUCGGAACAGCUGAUGGUGACAAGUCGGGUUCGGAAGCGGCAACAGCAGCAGCAGCGGCGAAGCCGAAGCGUGUCAAAAAGAAACUGAUUCUUACAGGUGGCGGUGGCGGACGUGGUUCUCGUUGA